CGUAGUGCAUAUUCAACUUUAAAAUCAAACGAGCAAGCAUUGGUUUAUCCCCCAAACCUCGCUCGAACCAAAUUUUGUAGUAAACAUAUUCGAAAAACAAAUACAAAAUACGACUACCUUCUAAACAGAACUAAAUUAUGAGUAAAACAAACCUUUCAGAUCCGUCGGCGUUUCUGUAUUUGGAUAUGCUGGCCGAUGUUUUAAUGCAUGACACCCUUGAAAUGGAGUCCGAUUUUAAUACCAAGAUGCAGUUCAUCAAGGAGCAGGAGCAAAAGGUUCUAGACAAUGGCAAAAAUUUACUGUCGGUGAACCAAUUCCUUGGCUCGGUAAACCGCUCCAUGCUUAAGCUGGAAAUGGAGCUGAAUGAGAACGAAACAAACUUGCUCGAAGCGGAGAAGGCAGUUACUCGAUUGGAGAAAAGAUGUCCCAGUGCUGAUAGGAAAACUUGCCGCGUGCAUCCUUUGGUUCGUGCCACCUACGAAGAUUUGUUAGGUCUGCUCCUUUCCACCGAACAAACAGCAUCUCAGUGCAACCAAAUGAGGGAUCAGAUCAUGAUGUACGGCAAAGAAGCGGCUGAGAAAGUAGCGCCUGCAAAUGUGGUCAAGAAAAUCAUCGAUUACCACAACAGCACCCUCGAAUCUCUGGAGAAGCAUAUUGUAAACCUGCAAAGCCAGGUUACAAAGGUGCAAAAGGAGUUCGAUCAGCUAAGUAAAAAGUUGGAAGUACAAAACCUCCUUCGCAAAGGAAACGAAAAAUCAAAGCCCAAGGACGUUUGUGAGAUACAACUAGGCAUGUAAUCCGACAACUGAUAACAUAAUAUAUCCAUACGAAUCUUAAAAAUGCUUACAA